UCCGGUGAGAAUCAGUCAAACUGGGUCUUCAACAGUGUUUUCAUGAAAAUGUGCUUCUUUUACUGCUGCAGUCUUUGGAGAUUCUUAUCAGCGCAUACCGGGUCAUAAAAUUGCAGCAGCCAUCUACACACAGAGAGACACACGCAGACUCUCUCUCCUCUCUCUCUCUCUCCCUAAAUUUCUUUCCCCUUCUCUCUCUCUCUCUCUCUCUUCUUCCUAUUCUUCUUUGCUGAUUUCUAACGAUGCCUUUACGUCCCUUACUCUCCAGGAACGCCUUGUCCAGAAACUUUUGCACCAUGCAAUCGCCUGCACUUUACGGCAACAAGGACUGCGGCGCUGUCGGGAACUCGUAUAGUUUUGCGUUCUUUCAAAAUAAUUCUGAGAAAAAUUGUAGGCGGAUUUGAUACACACAACGCCAAAGGAGAGAGCUUUUAUAUACUUUUUCCCCAAAGUAGAGGUAUUUUUUUACACCUCCCUGGCUCCUAUGGGAAUUAAGCACUCAUCCCGCUGCAUGUUCCUCAGGAGAAAAAUGGCGGAGUCCGAGAGCACUGAGCAACAGUCGCAGCCGCAGCCGCAGCCGAUCCGCAUUAUUCCAUCGCAGUCGGUGCAGCCCACAUCGUUGCCCAAGCCUGUGCCUUCUAUGCAGCCCGCUCCGAGGCCUCCGAUCCCACCGCACACACCUCACGCUGCCAGUCUGCCAAGCUGCCCAGGGCGAGGCAAGAUGUCCAAGUUUCUUAGUCCAGAGGAGAUGACCUCCAAAGACUACUACUUUGACUCCUACGCCCAUUUUGGUAUCCACGAGGAAAUGCUGAAGGACGAAGUCAGGACGCUGACCUACAGGAACUCCAUGUAUCACAACAAGCACGUCUUCAAGGACAAGAUAGUGCUGGACAUCGGGAGUGGGACCGGCAUCCUCUCUAUGUUCGCAGCCAAGGCAGGGGCAAAGCACGUGUACGGGAUUGAAUGUUCCAGUAUAUCGGAGUACUCCGAGAGGAUCAUCAAGUCCAACCACCUCGACAGUGUGAUCACCAUCUUCAAAGGUAAAGUGGAGGAGGUGGAGCUGCCUGUGGAGAAGGUGGACAUCAUCAUAUCUGAGUGGAUGGGUUACUGCCUCUUCUACGAGUCCAUGCUCAACACUGUCAUCUUUGCCAGGGACAAAUGGCUGAAACCUGGUGGAUUAAUGUUUCCUGACCGCGCCUCCCUGUACGUGGUGGCCAUUGAAGACAGGCAGUACAAGGACUUCAAAAUACACUGGUGGGAGAAUGUGUAUGGCUUCGACAUGACUUGCAUCCGUAAUGUGGCAAUGAAAGAACCACUGGUGGACGUAGUCGACCCUAAACAGGUGGUGACCAACUCCUGCUUGGUGAAGGAGGUGGACAUCUACACUGUCAAAGUGGAGGACUUGUCCUUCAGCUCAACAUUUUGCCUGCAGAUACAGAGGAAUGACUACGUCCAUGCACUGGUCACCUACUUCCACAUAGAGUUCACCAAGUGUCACAAGAAGACGGGAUUUUCCACUGCUCCUGAUGCUCCGUACACCCACUGGAAACAGACGGUGUUCUACCUUGAGGACUACCUGACUGUGCGAAGAGGAGAAGAGAUUACUGGAAGCAUUUCUAUGAAACCUAAUGACAAAAACAUACGAGACCUGGACUUUGCCUUUGAGUUGGAUUUUAAAGGGCAGCUGUGUGAGGCAGCCAUAUUUCACGACUACAAGAUGCGUUAACUUUCACGCAGGCGCAUCGGCCCAUCAUUUAUGACCCUUGAACACCAGAGGGAGACAGAAACCACAGUGGGCUCGUAGACAUAGCGUACGAUUUAAAACGGACAGCAACGAUGAGGAUGAACUCGUGCUGAGUGCUGGAGACAUCAAUGUCACCAGUGCAACAUAGAGAGAGCACAGCAGUGACUGACACUCUUCUGAAUGUAACAGUAACGACGUGAGGUCGAUAGUUUUUCCCUGUUCUCCAUGAAUGUCGGUGAUACUUGGUGAACCUGUGAUGUCAGGUGAAGUGAUGUACCUCUGUUUUUCUGUUCAGUAUUUGUUUUCUUAAAUGACACAGCACAGAAAGGUUCAUGUAUCAGUUUGACUUAUUGUCCACAUCAUGUUUGACAGUAGGAUUAAAAAAAAUUAUAUGCAUAGUUCUUAGAAUAUUCACACUGCGGAGAGUGUCAGGACCAUUCGUCUUUUUUUAUAGUGUCAAUUUAGUAACUAUCUUUGAAACCUCUGCCAAGGACAAACCUGUACAACAACUUUCUAUCUGACAGAAGUGUGUGCGUUUGUUUUAAAAUUAGUUUGUGUUUUUAGCAGUUGAAUCCCAAAGUGUCCAGACACUGUAUGGCCUGUGUUGUCAGUUUAAAGUUUUAUGUUGCCUUGAACUGAUGCCUAAUGGUAGUUAUUUUAACGAUAAAUAAUUUAAUUUUUUUUAAGGCUUCAUAGUUCUCAUUUAUUUCAGUUCUAAUAAUUUACCUAAUUUAUUUACUAUAGCAUAACUGACCUAUAUAUCUAUGCCUCAGA